GGCACUGAUUGGCAGCACUGAUAGGUAGCACUGAUGGGCAUUGAUAGGUGGCACUGACUGGCACUGAUAGGUGGCACUUAAAGGCAGCUCAGAUGGGCACUGAUGUGGCAUUGAUGUGCACUGGCUAGGCACUGAUAUGUGGCAUUGAUGUGGCACUGAUGGGUACUGGCAGGUGGCACUGAUGGACACUGACAGGUGGGGAUGCACAGAUCAUCAGGGCCCACUGAUCAUCAGUGCCCUGAUGAUCACUGUCAGCGUGACAGCUCGUGAGGAGAGAAAUGCCGAUAACUGGCAUUUCCCUAUUUACAUGUGAUCA